CCCUCCUGCUCGGCGUCCCUCCCCGCCUCCCUCCCCUCCCUUCCCCUCUCCUCCGGUUUCCGCUUAGGGUCGAUUAGCCCCCGCGCCGCUCUGACACAUCCACACACACACACACGCCCGGCCGUAAGCUAGGCACACGGACACAGGCAGGGAGGCAGACUCAGCGCGCGCCGCGGCCGUCAGUCCGUCCGUCCGUCCGACCGUCCGUCCGUCCGACCGACCGGCGGGCCCCAGUCCAGCAGCCAUGGGAGACAAGAAGAGCCCCACCAGGCCGAAGCGGCAGCCCAAGCCGGCCUCCGACGAGGGCUACUGGGACUGCAGCGUCUGCACCUUCCGCAACAGCGCCGAGGCCUUCAAGUGCAUGAUGUGCGAUGUCCGCAAGGGCACCUCCACCCGGAAGCCUCGGCCUGUCUCCCAGUUGGUCGCACAACAGGUCACCCAGCAAUUUGUGCCCCCUACGCAAUCCAAGAAAGAGAAAAAAGAUAAAGUAGAAAAGGAAAAGAAUGAAAAGGAAACAACCAGCAAAAAGAACAGUCAAAAGAAGACCAGGCCAAGAUUGAAAAAUGUAGAUCGGAGUAGCGCCCAGCAUUUGGAAGUUACCGUUGGCGAUCUGACGGUCAUUAUUACAGACUUUAAGGAGAAAACCAAGUCACCACCUGCGUCUAGUGCUGCUUCUGCAGAUCAACACAGUCAGAGUGGGUCUAGCUCUGAUAAUACAGAGAGAGGAAUGUCCAGGUCAUCUUCACCCAGGGGAGAAGCCUCAUCGUUGAAUGGAGAAUCUCAUUAAAGUUUAUUUUCUCCAGUUUCUUUAGUCUUUCUCUUGUACCAUGCAAAUACACAAAUUCUGCCAACAGCUGCCACAUUUUCAUGACAAACUUGUGCGUUCACAACUGCAUCCUAUCCAGAACAUAUGUUUUGCAAAAAACAAAAAAGAAAGAAAGAAAUGCAGCAUUAGGAUUAAUAAUUUUGUAGGAAUCUACAAUUUAUAUAAGACAUUUUCAGAUUAAACAUUUUAAUCUUCACAGUUUAAGGUGCCAUGAAAGUGUGGUUAACAUUUAUUACACAGUGUUAUUGGUAAGUCCGUUUUCACUUUUAGUUUAGUGAAUUCUAACACAAAAUAUUUAAUUGGCAUGUUCAUGAUUUAAAUUUUUAACAUAGUUCAAGCUGCCUAAAUAUGUAUUAUUUGAGGAUUGUGAAACAGAUAGUUAUAUGUAUUCAAGUCAAAGAUCAGUUUAAUCGACUAUUGCUGCAACUGGAUUUUCGUAAUGGUUUUCUUCUUAAAUACACCUGCUGGUACUUGGUGUGGUUAAAUAGGAAAAAUGUUAUUAAAUAAAGCAUUUGUAUGAACUUUUGCCAAUGUUUUUCAACACAUUUUAUUAGAUUACUAUUGCUGUUUCUGGUUUUGCCUCUCUUUUUUUUGCUUUUAACAUUCAUUUGUUGUCGUGUUUACUGAGCAAAUUAGUAAACAUUAAAAAGCGUUGUUUAGCUUUAUAAUUCAGAUUCAGUACUUUUGUCAUUUUACACUGGCAUUUUCUUUUUUUUAUGAAAUAUUAAAUCUCAAGUUAUUGUGAAUAUUCCCCUCUCCUUCCUCCCACACCCCCCCCGCCCAAGAAUCCUGCCAUUGUUUUUAAAAUCUAUCAUUCUGGAAAAGCUUUACCAUAUUAUACUGUUUUCUUGCCCAAAACUUAUCACGUGUCAGAGACACUAAAUAAGUAGUAAAGAAAAA